AAAUUUAUGGAGAUAUAGUAUAAAUUCCUUUUACAAUCUUUGAAAUUCAUUUGGUUUGUUGAUGUGGGUUUGUUCUAUUUUCAUUUAUAUUCUCAAUCAAUUUGUUGGAAUUAUUUUGUUUCUCAGAUUGCUUUCCAUUUUUCAAUAAAUUUUAAUUUUAAUGUGUUAAUAGAGUAAGCAUUUACUUUGUGAUUGAAUCAAAAACUUGAUUUGUUGCUUACAAGGAUCAUAUUAUAUACAGGAAACAUUAUAAACAGCUUGCUCAACCAUAGGGAAAGGGUUUCGAGUUGUAGUUGGUUUUAUUUAUUUUCUUGAUCUGUUUUCGAUCUGAAUUGAAACCAUGGGGAGUCACCCGAGCAAAAAUCCCACUGAACAACCUUCGACGGCCAUCAAUAUACAAUACACAACCGACCUCAGCUCUUAUGAAGACGCCUGCAGGCUCGACACAGAUUUGCAGUCCUUCGACACAACUCUCCAAUCCCGGACUAGUCAUGUCCUCAACACCCUCGCGGCAGGGGUUGAAGUGAGGGCAGUCUCGUUCGAUUCUCUGAAACAAGUCACGGAAUGUCUUCUGGACAUGAACCAAGAGGUUGUUAGAGUGAUCUUGGAAUGCAAGGACUUGGGGAAGACUCAGGAACUGUUUGAUCUGGUGCAGGAGUACUUUGAGAAUAGUUUGCAGACUCUGGAUUUCUGUACCGCAUUAGAGAAAUGCCUAAAGGGAGCACGCAACAGCCAAUUGCUUAUUCUUGUCGCGCUCCAAUAUUUUGAGGAGGAGGAUGGGGUUGGCCGAGGAGGGAAUAGGUACACGAGGACUCUGGAGGAAUUGAAGAAAUUUAAGGCUGCCGGUGACCCUUUCACUGAAGAGUUCUUCGAAACUUAUCAAUCUGUGUAUAGGCAGCAAAUGCAGAUGCUUGAGAAGUUGCAGCUUCGGAGGAACAGGCUCGAUAAAAAGCUCAAACAUGUCCGUGCUUGGAGGAAGGUCUCUAGUGUAAUAUUUGCAGCCACGUUGGCUGCUGUGCUGAUUUGUUCUGUCGUGGCAGCGGCUAUGGCCCCUCCGCCUGUUGCAGCUGCCCUCACUGCAGCCACUUCUAUCCCGUUGGGCUCAAUGGGUAAGUGGAUUGAUUCUCUUUUCAAGAAGUAUGAAGAUGCUGUGAAAGGACAGGAGAUCAUUAGCUCUAUGCAAGUGGGCACUCGUGUUGCUAUCAAGGACUUAGACAACAUCCGAGUACUCAUAGACCGGUUGGAGAUAGAGAUUGAAUCGCUGUUGCAGAAUGCUGAAUUCACUAUUAGUGAAGAGUCUGUGAAGAAUGGGAUAGAGGAGAUGAAGAAGAAGCUCAGAGUGUUUAUGAAGUAUGUUGAGGAUUUGGGGGUGCAAGCUGAUACGUGCAGCCGGGAUAUUGUCAAGGGAAGGACUCUGGUUCUUCAGAGGAUCAUAAGACAACCCAACCAUUAACAGAAGGCCUUAAUUCCUUGGUACUUCCUAACAACACUGCUGUUCUUAUGCUGGAAAUUGUCUGAUUUUUUUUCAUAUUAAUUUUAUGAUGCUAAGAGUCUUGACUUCAAAUUUACUAAGAAGAAUAUUAAUGGAUUGUUGUUGUAAUUGUUGAUUCACAGUGUUUAGCUAUUGAACAUAUCUAUUUUCUAAUGUUAAUAUGUUUUGGUCAAUUGUGAAAAC